CACUCAGUGUCUAAAUAAACAAAAUCGGAAUCAUUGUGAGUUUGGACUUCAGAGCGAGCGCGCGCCGUCGCUUUAAAAGUGAUUUUAUUUUAUUCGGAAUUAUAGGAAAAAAUGGCGUCGGCUUCAGUGAUGCUGGUCCAGCCUGAGGGUGAAAUGUGGGAGAGGAUUCGAGUGGAGCUGAAUGAGAACGUGAACACCCGUGACCAAGAUCUAGCAGCCAUCAAGGAGUGGCUGAAGAAACAGCCGCAUUUACCUGAUGAAUGGGAGGAUCGAUGCCUACUCACCUUUCUGCGAGGAUGCAACUUCUCCCUGGAGAAAUGUAAGAGGAAGUUAGACAUGUACUUCACAAUGAGAGCUGCUUGCCCAGAGUUCUUCAGAAACCGAGACAUCACCAGACCAGAGCUGAUGGACCUUAUGUCAAGAGCACAAGGACCCACGAUGCCCGGUUUGACACCUUCUGGCAGGAGAGUAACCAUUUGCAGAGGACUUGACAAGAAUUUAGACACCAACCAGCUGAACGAUGCUUUCAAAAUAGCCCUGAUGAUCGGCGACGUCAGACUUAUGGAGGAGAUUGAGGGGGUCGCGGGUGACGUGUACAUUCUAGACGCUUCCAUCGUGGCGCCCAGCCAUCUCGGCAAAAUCUCACCCUCGGCGCUCAAGAAGUUCUUCAUAUGUGUUCAGGAAGCCUACCCAGUAAAAUUGAAGGAGGUCCACGUUGUGAACUCAACGCCUCUGAUCGAUGCCCUAUUCAACAUUAUCAAGCCAUUUUUAAAGGAGAAAAUGAGAAACAGAAUUCGUUUCCAUGCUGACUUCACAGCCCUUCAUGAGUACGUGCCUAAGGAGCUCCUACCAGUCGAGUACGGUGGUACUAGCUGUUCUCUCAAUGAAGUUAACAAUGCCUGGAUCAAGAAACUAGAAGAAUACAAAGACUGGUUCAACAAACAGGACUCUCUGAUCGCCAACGAGUCCCUACGACCAGGGAAACCGACCAACUAUGACGAACUCUUCGGAAUAGAUGGCUCCUUCCGACAGCUAUCUAUUGAUUAAAAGGAUUAGAAUUUA